AUGCACUGCAACGCCUUGCAGCAGAUCGACGAGACAGUCCUGCCCGACACCAGGACAAAGUUGCAGGGGCCCAGAACAGCUUUAGCCCUGGCUCCAGCCAAGGCAGAGUUUGCCGUCGGCGGGAUCAGGCAACACGUCGACGAUCUCCAGCAGUCCGAGGUGGAGCUCGAGACUCGGUUCCAAGCAAGUGCGAAGGCCGCGAAUGACCAGCAGGAGCGGUUCAAGCAGGCCGAGGCUGACCAGGCCAACGAGGAGGAAGCCGCCAAGGACGCGUGGACCGCCACAGCGCCCAUCGAUUCAAUUAAGUUCUGUACAAUGACCGCCCGCGACAAGCUGCAGGCCGCCAAAGCGAAGUUUGCGGGUUCCGCCGACGCAGUCGACGAGCCCAGGAGGGUCUCGUCUGCCGAACAGUUCGACGCAGCCAGGAAGCGCAGGACCGACCACUUCGACAGCGUGGCCAAGCGGGCCGCGGAGCUCGCCCAGAUCCUGUCGGGCCCCUGGAUGGAGGUUUGGUUCCACAUCGCGUCUAGCUGGCAGCUCGGGCCCCUCGCUGCCGAUGCGACACCCACGGCUGCGGUGAGCGCUUCGCCGGCCACGCUGGUGUGGACUGCAUCCAGCACUGGUGACGAAGCCGGCGUGCUCCGAGAGCGGGAGGUCUGCAGCGUGGCCACUGGCGUGGGCCUGGGCGUGGUGCUAGGGCUGGCGAAGGUGCUCCACGGCCUGGACUUGCUGCUGGUCCUGCGGGUCUUGCGGCAUUACACCGACCCCUGGACUGACGAGUUUCUGGCCGAGCUUGAAAUCUGCCUCGCUGCGGAUGCCGACGCUGACGAUUCUAGUGAGUAUGAGCACGUCACAGUGGAGCACGUCACAGUUGACGAUCUGCAGAAAACGGCUGAGGAUAUCGAGGGCGCGAUCCCGUCGCCGGCCACGGUUCUCCCCGUGGUCAAAGGCAUGUUGCUCGAAGCGGUGCCCAUUGUUGUCGGGCCACCAGCCCGUUGA